UCAGUACAUUUUCCGUCCGUCAGAGUGCGCAUCGAUUGCCGCCAUGUUGUCAGUGCUGCGUGUUUCAACGCAAUAGCCGAAGGCGGGAAUUAAUGUGGAAAAUCUGUUUUGUUUGCAGCCUUGCCUAAGACCACACACACAAGUAGCGCAAAAAGGAAGUGUUUUUAUUCAUUUUUAAGUGAAGUUGUGUAUGGCCAGGCUCAUCGGGAAACAGCGUAAUAUUUGUGCGUGUGUAUAUAGUAUAGCUGUGUAACGCUUCCGAAGUGUGCGCUAAAUGCAAAGUAGUCUAUUUUGGUGAGAUAAUCGGUAUUAGGUAACUCUGACCGAUGACAUCUCUAGAUUUCGCUCGAUGGAGCAUGACAAGGUCGAAAACUGUCCUGUCGUUGGACCAAAAGGUUGAAGUCAUUAAAGCUUUAGAAACUAAAAGUCAGAUGCAGGUAGCACUGCAGUAUGGUAUUUCACAAUCCUCAGUCUCCCGUAUUAAAUCUAGAGAAUGUGAUAUUCUUGAUAAUUGGCAGUUGAGACGAUGUUCAAAAAACAGUUACAAUGCGACGGAUGUGAGCUCAGCUGACACUGACAGUUCGCAGUCAUUAGAAGACCGCUGUAGCAGCGGGAAAAAAGCAGUCACAUCCAAACAGGCAUAUGAUAAUCAACCUGCAUCGCCUCUGUUUCUCAGAGCGAUUGGAUCUUUACACAACUUUAAUGGGAAACCACGCUGCCAACCUGGAAAGACACGUUUGGCGCAGGCACAUUCACGAACAUGAGCAGCUCUCCGCGAUGAAGCAUGACCUACGCAGCUCAGCAGAUUGGUCCCAGCUGUGCUUUCCGCAGCAGAUGCCAGGGACGAGUGGAGGCCCAGGAGGAGGGGGAGGUGGUGCAGGUGGAGGUGGUCAGCAGUCUGCGAAGCAGUCGGUUGGGCAACAGAUGGCAAUGCUUAAGAAGCAAAUUGGGCAGCCAGGCACAAUGCAGCAGCACGGUGCCAACAAGGCUACAGGCCCACCUCGGCGUGCGGUGAGCCCGUCCCCACCGCAGUCGCCACAAGUGGCCCCUCCGGAGGUUUGCCUGCGUUGGAACAGCUAUCACUCAAACAUGCAAGCCACUUUCCCCAGCUUGCUGACCAAUGAGCAAUUUGUUGAUGUGACGCUGGCGUGUGAAGGGCGCAGCAUAAAAUGUCACAAGGUCAUCUUGUCAGCUUGCAGUUCGUACUUUGAAGGACUGUUAAGUGAAAACCCAUGCCAGCACCCAAUUGUACUGAUGAAGGAUCUGCGUUAUUGGGAAGUGCAGGCACUUGUUGACUUCAUGUAUAGGGGAGAAGUCAAUGUUGGUCAAGACAAGUUACCCUCAUUGCUUGCUGCUGCAGAGGCUCUCCAAAUCAAAGGAUUAGCAGGACCUGCCUCCACUCCAUCCUCACAAGAUGAAGAUUCAAUGCCCGCAACUAUUGAGGAUUUUCUGGAUGAGCAAGUGCCGUCUCCCAUAACUGAGAGGCGCAUGCGGAAGCGCAGAAUGAUGGGUUCUCCACAGCAGCAGACUAUAAGGCCACAGCACAUUCAACAGCAGCAGCAGCAGCAGCACCACCACCACCAGCAGCAGCAACAGCAACAGCACCAGCAGUUACAGCAGCAGCAGCAGCAUCAACAGCAGCAUCAACAUCAGCAACGCCAUCAGCAGCUACAGAGCCAUUCUCAGCCACAUCCACAACCCCAGCCCCAACGACAUGUCUCUCUCCCAUCCUCCACCUCAUCUGUAGGACAAUCAUCCUUGGGAAGAGUUCAGAGACAGCAGCAGCCUCAGCAGCUCCCAGCUCGCAACCCUCCUAACUCCAUACCAUCCACCUCAGGUUACCGGCACGAACAGCCAAUGUCUGAAGCUGCCCCUCCACGAAAGCAACGGAGAUCUGAACCACUACCAGAAGUGAAAAUUGAGCCAAUUGAUAUUGACUUGAGUAAUGAUUCGAUGGAUGAAGAAUUUGUUGAAAAAAAAUUUACACCACCUACUGAAGCCAAAGAUGAUGGUGGAGGAGCAGAGACAGUGACUGAACCUGUGACUGAGCAGAAACCUGAUAUUGAGACGGAAAAUUUUAGUGCAACUGAACUAUCGAAUGUGCAAGAAAUGCAAGACUAUCCUUUCGAGCCGGGGAGCAACAGCUGUGGAGCUAAAUCUGAGAACAUUGCAGAAGCCACAAGUGAUUCUCCAUUUGGCAGUAGUCCAGGAGGAGAUGAUGUCAAUUCUCGUGAUGCACCGGGUGAAGAUUAGGCCUGCUGCGUCCUCCUGACAGUUCCUAAUGCUCCACUGAAUCGUGAUAUUGUUAUGUGACUUGGGUUUUUUCCCUUUAACUCAGAAAGACUGUGAAGGUGGAAAACAUAGUUUUGACAGCUACAUUUUUUAAUAAUUGAUGUGUAAGAAAGUACGCACAGAGAAGGGUUUAGUGCAGAAGUUCUGGGGCCAUCCAUAAAAAUAAUCUGGUCUCUGAACUGUGUGAAAUGAGGUAGCAUUUUAUACUUCUAAUUAUAUUUAUUUAAACCAUAUACUGGAUUGAUUUGAUAGUCUGUGACUACACAAAAACAGUACAUAUUUCAUUCAUUUAAGACUCAUAGUCUCAUUACGUGAUAUAUGUUGGUUACAUAUUUCAUUCAUUCAGAACUUGUGUUCUCAUUGUGACGUAUUGGUAAAUUACACAAAUUAAAAUCUGAUGUUCAAGAUCUGAUGUUCAUAAUUAGUCACAUUUAACACCUUGAAAACUGAAAGUAAUGCUGAUGUGUUCUGGUUUAUAGUAACUGUGAACUACAGAGCUGUUAAAAAAGAUUAUUUUUUUGUAUCGGCAGGUUAGCUAUAAUUGAUGAUUUAUAUUUUGCACAAGGUUAGAUACAUUGGAUACAAAAUGUUUUACAGUUUGCUUCUAGCAAUAUUACAUUCUGUCCUUGCCCAAAAGUGAUGACACCAGUGGUUUAGGCACACAGUGGCAAUACAUUCAUUAGCAAAGUCUUCUGAAAUGUUGUCAACAGAACUGUCUUCUAGUGAGCCUAAAUGUCUUCAAACAUGUUGAAUCACUUGCCUUGAUUGUUUAAAAAGUGUUGUCAGAUGAUGGCAGUAUGGUGUAGCCAUAUUUUGUGGUGCCUUGCAUCAAACAUCAUUAUUUAAAUGAAGUUUGGUGCUCAAUGAAUGUGUGUUUCAUGCUGUGUAGAAUUCUAUGCUACAACUGGUUACCUGUAAGGAUGUAAAUUUGUAAUAUUCAUCUGAAUGUUCCUAUUCUUGAAAUUUUGGACAGAAUGUUACAUAAAAAUGGGAAAGAAGUGAUUCUGAUCUUCCUGUACAGAUAAAGCAGCUUAUUACUUGGAUGUGCUGGUUAAUUUUCUUUCCUGUAACUCGUCAUCCACUACAUUGCAGCAAUCUGGAGGUAUGUUUUUCUCACCCCCCACUUUCAAAACUAGGAUGUAGGAACCCGAAAUAAAUAUUGCAGUAUUGGAUUGCACACAAUUUGCCGUAGUAGUUGGAUUGUGUCAUGAAGAACAAUAUGAUAUGUUAUAUAUGUUGUCUGUAUUAAAAAUUUCUUUUUUAUAAACAUCCAUUAUUUGUAAGGCAGUUUAUUGUGUUAAAAAUGAUGUACCCAAAGAAUACUUUGUUCAUCAGACUGAUCAGUAUGCAUUGUCCAAAGUAGACAUUUUCCCCUCCAUAUUAUUAGUUAUAAGUGUGUAGUUGUUACAUUUGAGUUUGAUGUUUUUGUAGAAAUAAUGAAAAAUAAAAUCUGAACAUGA